AUGAUGCUAGCUUUCCCUUGGGUUUUAUUUAAACUUCUUUCUUUCAAUGGGAAGCUUGUUUUUGUGGCCGUGUUUGAUUGGGUUUUUGGUUUAUUAUUGUCAACGCUAAUAGCAUCAGUUGUUGAUAGUGAGGAAGAAAGUAGCGAGGAUGAGGAACUUCCUGUGGCUGCUGAAAACGGAAAAGCUAAGACAGAUGCAAAAAUAGCCAAAGCUAAUGCUGGGAAACCUGAUGCUGUAAAACAAGCUGUCAAGAUAGCAGAACCAAGCAAUAACAAGAAAAAUGAGGACGAUGAUGAUGAUAGUGAUUCCGAGGAUGGAAGUGGUUCUGAUGAUGAAGAUGAUUCCGAGGAUGAAGACGAAGAGACGUCUGUGGAUGAAAGUUCAGAUGAGGAUGGGGAGACACCUAAGAAGGUUGAGUCGAGCAAAAAGAGACCAGCAGAAGCUGCAACACCUGUUUCUGCAAAGAAGGCCAAACCUGUUUUAUCUGUUCUUUAUUAA